CAUCAUGUCCUUCAACUGCUCUACAAGAAAUUGCUCUUCCAGGCCAAUCGGAGGACUCUGUGCUAACCCGGUGGCCCCAGUCGCCGCUGCUUCAGCCCGUGAUGUUGACUGCCUGAGUGGCAUCUAUUUGCCCAGUUCUUUCCAAACUGGCUCUUGGCUCCUGGACCACUGUCAGGAGUCCAACUGUGAGCCCACAGUUUGCCAGCCGACGUGUUACCAGAGAACUUCUUGCAUCUCCAGUCCUGUCCAGGUAACUUGCUCUAGACAAACGACCUGUGUCUCCAAUUCCUGCUCAACUCCCUGCAGCCGGCCACUCACCUUUGUGUCCAGUGGCUGUCAGCCUCUGGGAGGCAUUUCCAGCGUCUGCCAACCAGUGGGCGGCAUCUCUUCUUCCUGCCAACCAGUGGGAGGAGUCUCCACUAUCUGCCAACCAUCCUGUGGGGUCUCUAGGACGUACCAGCAGUCCUGUGUGUCCAGCUGCCGAAGAACUUGCUGAGUGUGUUCC